AUGAGAAUCCAUACUCGGGAAAAACCUUAUCAAUGCAAAAUAUGUUCGAAGUCGUUUUCCCAUGCAGGUACUUUAAAAGAACAUAUAAAAGUGCACACUGGCGACAAACCUCAUCAAUGUGAAAUUUGUUUUAAAACAUUUUCCCAAGCAGGUGCUUUGAAAGGACAUAUGGGGGCACACUCCGGAGAAAAACCUUAUCAAUGUGAAAUUUGUUCCAAGUCGUUUUGGCAUAUGAGUGCUUUGAAAGUACAUAUCAGAAAACAUACUGGCGAAAAACCUUAUCAAUGCCAAACGUGUCCAAAAUCAUUUUCUCAGUCAGGUGAUCUUAGAAUACAUAUGAGAAUUCAUAAUGGGGAAAAACCUUAUCAAUGCAAAAUGUGUUCAAAGUCGUUUUCCCAUGCAGGUACAUUGAAAGAACACAUAAAAGUCCACACUGGAGAAAAACCAUAUCAAUGUGAAAUUUGUUUUAAAUCAUUUUCUAAGUCGGGUGAUUUGAAAAAACAUACAAGAGUGCAUACUGGUGAGAAACCUUAUCAGUGUGAAAUUUGCUUAAAAUCAUUUGCUCAGUCAGGUGAUUUGAAAAAACAUACUAUGAGAAUGCACGUUCAUUCUUUGAAAGAUCGUAUUAUAAUGCAAACUGGAGAAAACCCUUAG